AUGGCAGACUUUUCAGCAGUGUAUAACUCCGUACCUCCUGUCACUAGAACGUUACUUCUCGCAACUGUCAUCAUCACCGGACCAUGUUUAUUACAGAUCAUACGUCCUGUCGAUGUCGCAUUCAUCUGGUGGCGUAUAACAAGACGAUGGGAGGUUUGGCGACUUGUCACUUCUUUCUUCUACGGAGGAGGAGGUUUUCCUUUUUUAUAUGAUUUGUUCUUGAUUUAUCGGAAUUCAUCAGCUUUGGAGCGGAAUGUCUAUAUGAGCAAUACAGCUGAAUACGCAUGGAUGCAUGUUAUGUUGGCGACUUUUAUUCUCAUCUUCAACAUCCCACUCGAAUUCCCUUUCUUCUUCCGUUCUCUACUUCAUGCUCAAACGUACCUGUGGUGCAGAGCCAACCCCACCACAAAAGUCUCAAUCUUUGGUCUUUUGACCAUUCCCACCAGCUUAUAUCCACCCGCUCUAAUAGUCCUGGACCUUUUGACGGGAGGACCUAUGAAAGCUAUUUCUGGUCUACUAGGUCUAUUCGCUGGACAUUUAUGGUGGUUCCUAUCAUCUUAUCUCCCUGUUCACGCCCCAGUCCGACUUCGUCGACCUAACCCACUUUCCACCCCAAACCGAUUCCGCUCCCUCUUCUCUAGUUCUUCUCGACCUCGUACUUCAGGCGGAUACACAGUCACCCCACCGACGAGGGGUACGACCACUGCUCGACCUGUUCAAGAUGCGGCGGAAGCUGUGAGACAUCGAUGGGGUGGGGGAAGUCGAUUAGGUGGGGAGCCCUUAUGA